AUGCUUGCCGCGACGUCGUUCGGGUGGGUGGCCAAGCAGAUCGACCUGCUGACGGGCGACAAGGCUCGAAGUGCGGUGAGCAUCGAGAACAUCAAGGCAAAGGGUUUGAAGUCGCUCCGUGAUAGCAUGGUCGAGUACAUCUGCAAUCGCGUCGCCGAAAAACGAACUGCGGCGCCGACUUCUGGAGGCGUUGGAACCGCCGACAGUGCGAUUGAUGACGACGGCGCGGAAAGUCAGACGGCGCCCCAAGCAGCAGCUGCCGCCCAGCACCAGGUGGACUUGCCGGUGUCCGGAGGAGGCGACGCCGCGGCAGGUGCAGGAAGGAAGGAAGAGGAUUCGGAGUCGUCGGACUCGGAGGGGGAGGAGGAGGACGAGGCGGCGAAAGAAGAGGAUCACGAAGAGGAGGAGGAGGAGGAGGAGGACGAGAACGAUGAGGUGGUGGAGGUUGAGGAAGGGAAGGAUGAGGCGGAGAACGACGAGGAGGGGGUGGAGGCCGAGGUGCAGUACGAGCUGCAGUACGCAGACGGUACGGUUGUGGCGGUGGGGUCCGCGGAUGAAAAGAACAAGGAAGCAGAGGAUGGCGAUGCGGGUAAUGCUACGAGGUCGGCAGAAGAUGGGGGGAAGGAGAAGAAUGAGGUCGGCGCGGAGGCAACGACGGAAAAGGGCCAGGAGGAGGCGGCAUGCGAAGGUGCGAAGGUGUCGGUCGACGCCGGCGAAGGUGCGAACAUCACGGGCAUGCAGGAGACGGAGGAAGCAUCUGGUUGGCAGGGCCCUGAACAGGUCGACGUCGAGGUACUGCGACGGGAGAACUGGCUGUUGAGGGCGGAGAACGCUCGGCUGACGGCGUUGCUCGAUGAGGAGCAGGCUCGGCUGGACAUGUUUUUUGUUGGGUUACGUGGACUCGUCGACCACCUGAAGGAGUUGGCCGAGCAGGUCGACGACACCGACCAGUUUGCGGCGCAACAGCUGCGAAACACGGCGACGGACAUGUCGAAGACCAUCACGGGCAACAUCACCGGCAGCUUCGACGAAGCGUGGAAGACGAUGAAGACAUUCGCGGAACAGGCGUCGGCGUGGUUGGAGGACUUCGACAAUCCGGAGGGUCGUGUGGCAUGUGCACGCGCUGAAGCUGUCGACGCCUUGGCCGAGCACGUGAAUGGGGUGGUGGGCGAAGCGAGGCGGGGUUUGGAGCUGUACAUCACGACGCAACUAUCCGCCGCGCAGGUCAACAUCGCCACCGCUGUGACCUCCAGGCUCCCCGUGCAGCCGCCGCCACCGCCUCAGCCCACGCCGCCCGCCCUCCCGGAAGAGCUCUUGAAGUCGUUCAAGGCCGACAUCAUGAAGACGGUGACGGAGGCCACCCAGCAGUCGUUCGUUGCUUCCGGGAUGAAGAUGUUGACCGAGAUGAUCGGCACUGUGGCGCAUGGUCGACGUGGGUCGUCGCCGUCGGCCAAUGACGCAGAUCAAGCGCAAAGGAGGGCGGCCGACAAGCAGGGCGAGAAGAGGACGGGCGACGGAGACGACAAGGAGAGCGUGAAGCGGAGCAAGGGAUCGGACGGGAGCCGCGGCACGAAGCCUCCUGCUCAGAGCGUGGUCGAACAGCUAAAGUCGAAGGCGGGGUGGAAGGUGAUAAGGACGUCGAACAGCAAGGGAGGCGGAAGCGGGGGGGCAGAGGGUGGCCCUGCCGACGGGGUUGCCGCUAACGUCGCUGCACCGCCUGGCCCGCCUUUGGUCGUCGAGCAGACCAAACCGCAAGCGAGCUCCGGGAAAGGCGUGACCGACAAGGAGGCCCCUACUGCUCAGGCGGUGAACGAUGGCGGCGCCGGAACCACCAAGGGACCGUCCGUCGCGGUGGCGGCGGCCAAGGGCAACGCGAAGGCCGCCUCUGCCAAGUCGAUUCCCCGUAAGCCCCCAGCGGCUACCCCCGCGCCGGCCGGCAAGUCAGGCGCCAACACCACCGAUGGGCCGGCCAUUGCGGCCCCUCCAGCUCCAGCAGCUCCAGCAGCACCAACUGCCGACAAGGGCGACGCGACGGCUGCUGCGGCUAAGCCCGAAGGUCCGUCACCUGCUAAGGUGCCCGCCGGCAGUAACGCGCUCAGGGAGAUGCUCCGCCGCAUGGAUGCACAUCGCAGGGAGGUGCAGCAGCCUCCAGUGGUCGACGCCGCCCUUGCCGAAACAGCACGUCGCUCAGACACUUCACAGGUUGCCGGCAAAUCGACCGGUGCCCCACCUGCCGUGCCUCUAGUCGCCGCCCCACCGCCCGCGGAACCCAAAUCCGCGUUUCUUCGCGCCCAUUUAGGCGCACGCAAAGCGGGAGCUCCACAAGUGACUCAGCCGGAACCCGGCAAAAGCGCGACGCCGACGUCGGUAAACGCGACUUCACCCACACCAGGUGCAGCUGUGGUCGAUGCUGCGGCGGAGAAGGGUGUGAGCGCGGCGCUAGCCACCGGCGGCCGAGCCGACAGGCAUGCCAACCUCGCUGCCGUUCUGGCUCAAUUUGAAGCAGCAAAACGCCCCGAGCAUGCCCCAGCACUGGCCAUCAUGGACAUGGCACAUGCGGAGCCGUCGGGGACCCACGGAGGGGGUUCGGCGGAGCCGACGGCCGCAACGGCUGCUGUCGCCGAGGGAAAUGCGGGACGGAAGGGUAAGGACGACACCGGGAAAGGGAAGGCGGUCUCUCCGAGGAGCACGCGGGCGAUGUCGGCGGGGAAUGAGAUGUCGGAAGAGAAAGGGAAGAAGCCGGCACGGAAUCAGGACAAGACGGGCGGCAAACAUAAGCCGGCGAAGAGGAAGGCGAAGGCGGAAGAGGAGGAGGAGGAGGAGGAGGAGGAGGGGGAGGAGGAGGAGGAAGAGCAUGGACGCCGGGGUCAUGGCAUCCGCCGAGACAGGUCUGGCGACGGGCUUGGGUGGGUGGGCGAGAUCAAGAUCAAGGGCCAGAAUCGGUACAUCGGCAAGUCGCGCGAGAAGAUGGAGCUGGCCUACGAGCACGCGAUUGCGUACUUGCUCUACGACGGCUACGUGAGCAAGGUGCUCAUGAAGGAGCUCACCGCCUUGAAGCCGGGGCAGUUGGAUGAAUGGAAGGCGGCAUGGGAGGAGCUCAGGUUCCUGUCGACCGGGAUGUGGACGGUGAUGUGGGCCAGAGGCUUGUGCCAUCCGAGAGCAAGGUAA